AUAUCCUUGCUCCAUCCACUAUGGACGCCAACAACCCAAACAAGAACAACAGGACUACCCCGCAGUAUGCCUUAUAUCAGCGCGAGAACUUUUGGGCAAGCAAUGAGGGCAAAGUGCCCCCAUUCAAUACCGACCCUGGCAAGCUCGAGGAAUUAGCCAAAGCCAAACUUACGCAGAACGGUUGGUAUUAUGCCUCGUCCAAUGCUGGCCAGUCGUACACGCACACGGCGAACCGCCAGGCCUUCUACAGGCACCGCAUCAUCCCUCGCAUGCUUGUCGACACCAACAAGCGCGACACUCGCGCCGAGAUAUUUGGUCACAAGGUUUCUGCGCCCAUCGGCUUUGCGCCUAUCGGAAUCAACAAAAUAUACCACCCAGAGGGCGAGCUACCGGUUGCCAAAGUCGCAAAGGAGCUCAACCUGCCAUACUGUUUGAGCACGGCUGGCUCGCAGCCAAUUGAGAAGGUUGCCGAGGCUAACGGGGAGGGCACUCGCUUCUUCCAGCUGUACUGGCCGCACGAUGACGAGCUUACCGUUUCCUUGCUCAAGCGAGCACACGACAGUGGCUUCAGCGCCUGCAUUCUGACAGUUGACACCUGGCAGCUGGGCUGGCGCCACGACGACGUAAACACUAGUAAUUACGCGUUCUACCACGGCACUGGCGCCGACCUGGGCUUGUCCGACGCCGUGUUCCAAAAGCGGCUGAAGGAGGAGGGCAUUGACCCUGUCAAGCAGCCCAACGAGGCGGGCGCGAAGUGGAUUGACAAUGUCUGGCACGGGCGCGCGCACAGCUGGGAGCGGAUGCCGUGGCUGAUACAGACGUGGAAGGACAUCUCUGGCGGGAAGCCGUUCUGCAUCAAGGGCAUCCAGGACGUGGGCGACGCGAAGAAGGCGGUCGAGGUGGGCGUGGACGGCAUCGUGGUGAGCAACCAUGCGGGUCGGCAGGUCGACGGGGCAUGCGCGAGCUUGGACGCGCUGGAGAGGAUUGUGGAUGCCGUGGGUGACAAGACGUACAUCAUGUUCGACUCCGGGGUCCGGGGGGCGUCUGACGUCUUCAAGGCACUGGCGUUGGGGGCAAAGUUUGUCUUUGUCGGGCGGCUGUGGGUGUGGGGACUGUCUAUCAUGGGCGAGCAUGGGGUGCGUCACGUCAUGAAGAGUCUGUUGGCGGACUUUGACAUUCUGUUGAACGUGGGCGGGUUCCAGACCGUCGAGCAGAUCGACCGCAGCGCACUGGAGAGCUACCCUCGCGGCUACACGCUGCUGGCGGAGAAGAGCAAGCUGUGAGACUAGAUUAGAUUGCAGAGUUACGUAGAAAGAAGAUUGCAGAG